CAGAAGCGGCGCAGACACAGGCUGCAUAGCUGCACCAACAUGGCUGAUGAAAUGGCAAAAGCACAGGCUGCUCAGCCGGGCGGAGACACGAUAUUUGGGAAGAUUAUACGCAAAGAGAUCCCAGUACAACUACUCUAUGAAGAUGACAAGUGUGUGGCCUUCCCAGAUAUCUCUCCUCAAGCUCCCACUCACAUCCUCGUCGUCCCAAAAAAGCCAAUCGUUCAACUGUCUAAAGCGGAGGAGUGUGAUGCUGAGCUGUUGGGCCACUUGAUGUUAGUUGCAAAGAAGUGUGCUGAAGACGCGGGACUGUCCAAAGGCUACAGGAUCGUCGUCAACGAUGGGCCCGAUGGAGGCCAGUCCGUCUACCACAUCCACAUCCACGUCCUGGGUGGACGCGCGAUGAAGUGGCCCCCUGGUUAACCUCCGUCUCCCGGCUCAGAACAUCCUGCCAUCAGUUGUCCCGCUGUUGUCUGACAAUGUUUACUGUUUAACUUCCAUUAAACCGGUUUAUCAUGGGAAAUAAAGGUCAAACAAAACCUGGAAAUUCAGCAAUGAUAAUAAAAUGCACCUCACCACAA